AUGUCCUUGUUUAAUGGGUUAUCUUCAUCGACUAGUAUAAAUAGCCCAUCAUCAACUAACAAUACACCCCGAGAAACAAAUGAUCACAAAGGGGAUUUGAGGAAGAGAUCUCUCCGAAAAGUGCAUGUUGACUUGCCCUCACCUUUGGAAAUUAAGAAAUUCAAUCGAAGUAUUAGAAAUUUAGAAGAUUACAAACCUUUCAAAAUCGAUGAAGGGAAUGGCUAUUUAACAACCUCUUAUUGGUUUGAAUUAAUAAGUGCAUAUACGUUGGACAUGGAAAUAUUUCAGACUAUUCUAGCUCUUUCGUCUGCUCUCUUUUUUAUCAUUUCAACAUAUAUUCAAUUGGAUAUUGAUGGCAAACUAACAGCUAUUCUAGUAGUGGAUUUGAUAUUUUCCCUUUUAUUUAUUUUCUUCUUUGUUGUAAACUUCUUCUUGGCUAAGGACAAGUAG